CGGCCCCAGGCUCGGAGGCUGCGCGGUGCUGGCGCUGCGAGCGGCGCGCGGAGGCCGGGCCUAGGUGGAUGCACGGCACUGCAAGGAAGGCCAGUCGUGGGCCAGGAACUCAUCGUGCUAGAUGCUGUACAAACGCAGAACAGAAAGAUCGUUCCUGCCCCAAAGAGCUUCUAGUCUUGUCAUUUCAACGCUGCCGAUGCCUUCUUGAUAGCCUGGAACCUUGAGGGGACUUGCCAGCUCUAGCCGGCUUCUCCUAGGAGCGUCUUUGACACACUGAGCUGCAGAUGGCCUUGAAAUCUCAGUGACGGGCGAAAGGGAAAUCGAGUCACAGUAAAGCAGCCUCCCGCCCUGGUACCUGCCCCCUGCACGCCCGUUCUACAAGCCAUGGAGGCCACCGACGUUCCGGUGGGGAACCUCAUUGACUUUGAUUCCGAACCCCCUGCCUUCGUCCCCGUUGAGUCCCCUCCCUCACCCCCUCAACCCUCCAGUGGCAAUGGGGUACUGGAGGACCCGGCAGCUGUAGGAGAGGAGAGUGACACCACGGAGUCGGCCGACAGUGAGAACGACAUGGGGGAUUCGCCCAGCCACCGCAGCUGGAACAACUACCGCCGCUCCUCGUCCAAUGAGUCCUUCUCGUCCAACCAGAGCACGGAGUCGGCCAAGGAUGAGGUGAUGGUGGAGCGCCGGGAGUUCAUGAGGCAGUACGUGGAGAAGAUCUUCAGUGGAGGGGAGGACCUGGACCAAGAAGAGAAGGCCAAGUUUGGGGAGCUGUGCAGUGGAGAGAACGGAAAAGGCAGGGAGUGGUUUGCAAGAUAUGUCAGUGCUCAGCGCUGUAACUCCAAGUGCAUCUCAGAGCAGACUUUUUAUCGGCUGGUGCAGUCCUUCGCGGUGGUGCUGUUCGAAUGUCACCAGAUGGAUGACUUUGGUCCUGCCAAAAAUCUAAUGACCAUGUGUUUCACUUACUAUCACAUCGGUAAAGCCCAGGUGCUGCCCUCAGAGGCUAAGGAGAAGCCCAUGGGGAGUAUCGACUCGUACCUGAAGUCAGCAAACAGCUGGCUGGCUGAGAAAAAAGACAUUGCCGAGCGACUCUUGAAGAACACAUCAGCGAAGACUGAGAAUGUGAAGGGCUUCUUCGGGGGGCUGGAAACCAAGCUCAAGGGACCCAUGGGCAAAAAAAGCGAGGAGGGGGAAGACAAACCGAAGGAGAAGCUGCGGAAGACAGUUUCCUUGUACAGCCCCGAGGAGGAGGAAGAGGAGAAGAAGGGAGAGAAGAUCUAUUUAUAUAUGCAUCUGAAGCAGCAGCCUAUCUGGCACACCCUGAGAUUUUGGAACGCAGCCUUUUUCGAUGCUGUCCAUUGCGAGCGGAGGAAGAGAUCUCCCACCACCAGAGGGAACACUGGAGAGGAAGAGGAAAAGAGGGAGAAGUGGUGUCAUAUGACGCAAGAGGAGCGUGACGACAGCCUACGGUUUAACGAGAACAUCACUUUUGGGCAGCUUGGCACCUUCACUCACAACAUGUUGGCAUUCGGCCUAAGCAAGAAGCUCUGCAAUGACUUCCUGAAGAAGCAGGCCGUGAUCGGCAACCUGGAUGAAGAGCAAAACAAGCUGCUUAGUGAUCACAUUGAGCAAGUGGCUGCCGAAUAGCCAUCUGGCCUGUGUCUGGCGUUUCGAGAGAGGCGGAGAGGCGCGGCAGUGGGUGUGGGUGCGUAGUGGGAGGACUCCUCGGAGACCACCUGCAACUGAAGAUGGGCUACGUAAAACCACCGCAAUAAACCUGCAUGAUUGUCGGCAAACCUUAGUGCUGCGCCGUGCAGCCUGUAGAAAUAGGAGCUCAAACAAAAGCAACCCUUUUCAGAUGCUCCUUCAUCCCAGAGCCCCGUCACAUUGUCCGAGUUGAAUAUUCCAAGAGGUGUUUUUGUCUGUAAUAUGGAGUAACUGCUCAAGAUCCCUGUGUGGGCUCGGGGGAAGGACAGGAUUGCUGUAUCCCAGGCUCCAAGGAGGUGCCUUGCCCUGGCCAUGCAGCUGAAAACUGUGUGUGACUGCUGCAGUAGCCAACAGCAGAUGAGGUCAAAAGAUACUGUAGGCAGGGUGGGGGGUUGGGUGUAAAGGUGUAAAAUGGUAGCGCUAUGGGCUUGUUACUUUAGAAGGUUGGUACCCAGUGGCUAAUCCAGGUGAAAACAGGACUUUAAGGCCCCCAGCUCCGAGAUCAAGAGCUGUGUCCUCCUUGUGGUGCAUCAUGCAUUGAAAGUUUAUCCAUGACAGCUGCACCAUGCCUUUUGCUCUGGCAGAUUAGCAGCUGCUGCAAUAGGAACCAGCCUUGAGAUCAGAGCGAUUUGUCCCCUCUUCUGGUUUGACCUGCCGUUCUGCAGUGAGAUGGGCUGAUGCCCUUGCAGUUUGUACAGUCCUUUCAAAAGGAAACGUUGAUUGCUUCCAUUAUUGGGGCUAGAGAGGGAGAGAAUUCUUUAGUGACCAAAUCUGGGCAGAUGGGACCACUCUGGUAAAGGGUAGGAGACUGAUCUUGGAGCCGCUGCAGCAUCUUUGAUGUCGGUAGUCUGAUUUUGUGUCAAAGUGCAUUUCAUUAUCUCUCUGCAAACGUCCCUCUUGGUCUGGGUGAUAAGCAGGCAUACAGAAACUCAUGCAGAUCUUUUUGCUGCAGUCAGAGAAAUGCAGUAUCUGGCUAGCCAGCCCCCUCCUUUAAUACGAAAAUUCUUCCAAGGUGACCCUUUGAGAACUUUACUGUAUUUGUUUCAGAGGAAUGCGGGUGACGUUUGUACAUUUCAGUGUGAGGGCAAAUAAAGGAACUUCCUUAGUACCCUGGAUAGACUGGUGGCAGCCUUGUUCAGGGGAAGCUGUAGUGGUCCACAGCCGUUAGCUGGAGAGAGGAGGAGAGGGGUUGCUUUGCUUGGGUUCUGUUAGUAGAGAUGGUAAAGCAGCAGCAGGACGACUGUCUCCCUUCUGCCUUUCCUCUUGCAGAUUUUAAAUUCUGAAAAUCCUCCAGGUGGCUCCUUCCCACCGGGAGAUGCUCCGCAAUGGCAGCUGCCCUCUUCCCUAGAGCUUCACGCCAUGUCAGUUUGCUUGGUGGAGCUGGGGAGUGUAGUUCAAGGCUGGAACAUGGAAAUAUAUGGGAUGUGAGAGUCUGGCCCCCAGGUAGGGGAGGAACUCUGGGGCAGGAGGCAACCCAAAAAUGAUUGGAGCAUGGCAUGUCCUUGUGACUUUCCCUAAUACAAAAGAAACCCGGGUUAAUUUUCCUGUUAACCACCACUUCCAGCCACCAGUCUUUCAGAUAUACUGGACCAGACUGCUGCAUGUCUGUCUGUACUUUUAAAUAACACAUCCCGUUCAGGUGCAACCUGUACGCCUCCGGGAUACGAGUGAGUCACUCGGCCUCUGGGCUUUCUCAGUGCCAUGAUACAGAUUGUGCUGUUCUUGUUCCAAGUGGAAAUGAAAUAUUAAUCUUAUUAUUUUCCCACCAAUCUAAUCAUCCUCCGUUCUCCUUCCUGACCCCGCCCGUACCAAUCAGCUUCAUGAACCAUCCUGAAAUGGCCUUGUGUAAAUACUCAUUUUAUUCCUGGUCUUGAGUGAUUCCAGCCUCCCUGGAUAUAUUGUAAUCAGUAGAGCAGAGUACACAGACUUUCAUUUCUUUCUGGGUCCCUUGUUACCAGUAUGGCAUGCAGUGUGCAUCAGUGAAUCUUGGGUGUCAAGUGUUGAGAGAGGGAUGGAGUGACUAGAAUUAUCCAGGUAUAAUACCAGUGACUUUAAAAGAGGUCACAGACUUUAUUAUACAAACUUUUUUUUUUUGGUAGGGGCAGAUGGCUAGAUAAAAAUGGGAAACUUGUAGCAAAACUCAGGGACUUUAGAGAUCAAUACUGGAAUUUUUUCUAGAAAAGCCUUAUGCAAGGGAAAUGAGAUUGCUUCUCCCUUGGGAAAAUAAGGCAUGUUGGAAGCCCGUGUUAAAGGCUGUGGAGCAUGGCAUAGAGACAUGCAAAAGUCAGGCAAGCUGUGAGCCCCUUCACGUGCUCUAUGGCUGUCAAAUAAGAAUUUAUAGCCUAGCACACACUAAUUUCCAAUAGAAAUCGUGCAGUUGUCUACUCCAGAAAAUGAAAUGCUUCUUGCGUUGUGGUGUUCAGGUGACUCUCUUGCUGUGUGUUCAGUGUUUCAUCUCUCUUCAAAAGUAUUACCGUUGCUGACUUCUGUGUUUACAUGAACCUGCAUUUCAAGGGAUGUUUGUCCAGGGCUGCUCUGUGCUGUCAGUUAUGUACUGUAAGAUUCAUAGUGUUGCAGGUUUGUUUUAAUGCAGCCGCUUGACUUGUUGGCCCUGCAGUGUAACUUCCUAAAUCUAUAGAAUGGUAUUUAACAUCGUGAGUAACCUCUCUGCGAAUAUUCCCAGUCAUGUUGAGAUUUUUAAGUGUGCUGUGUGAUUAUUCCUAGCCCCCAAGCAAGCCAGUAAUCAUAGAUUGAUGCUCAGGAAAUGAAAAAAACAUCCUACAUAGAUGUUUAUAAAAGCGCUAAAGUCUCCUUGGAGUGUCGGAAGCAGUGGCACUUGGUUUUGGGUAUGAGACCAAAUAUUGUGUUCAUGAACUCUGGGGUGGGCGAUCCUGUUCCUGCAGGUUGCAAAUGCAGUCGAUCUGCUUCUUCCGAUCCAUGCCAGUUUUGAUGUGUCCAUGUUGUCGUCAGUUACUUACUACUAAGACUUGUUGUUCGUCAUGGUGUUAAUAGGAGAAGUCCAUGCUUUGGUCCUGGGUUAAAAGGCAGAAACCACGACUAUGUGCAAAUGAGAGAGAUCCAAGAGCAGUCUAAGGAGAAUGUGCUUUAGGGUUUUUUGGGUUUUUUUUGCAAUAUUAAGUGGGAACAGCUGAGUAGCACAAGGCAGUAAAACCCUCUGUGUUCCCCACACCUUCCAGAGUCACGUCUCUUUGCCCAUGCUAUCUAGCUAAUGCCCUUGACACCCACAGCCCAGUUUCCAAGUGCACUUGCCCACUGUCACAAUCCCCUACCUCAGCCCUUUCAGGUCAGAGCUGCUUUGUGCCAAGUACACCUCCGGGGAAUACAGGGCCCUGAUCACUGCUCUCUUGCGAGGCUCCUGAGACUCCCUCCCCUGUGGAAUGCUGGAGAGCUGGGGCAGUCAGGCUCCCAGAAAGCCUGCAGAUGCUUCCCAGUAACCCCUCUCUUUCAGAGACACUUAAGGAGGAGGUAAAAGGGGAGUCAUGCCAGCCUUGCAGGGUCCUUGUCCCCACUUGGAAAAGAGGUAGACACUCCCAAUCCAGUGGCCAUCCAUGACAGAUGGCCAGCCUGCCUCAUGGGGCUGUAUCUCCUCUCCUGGGGCUGUCCAGCAUAUGGACACAAAGGUCAGCUCCUUGCUUGUUGUUAGAUUGGGAGCGGACACCUCCGCUCCAGGAUCUCCAGAGUGCUCUGCUGGAAGAGAGGCUUGGUUCCCUGCUGAAGUUAAAUUGGGAGACCAUUGUCUGUGGACCAGCUAGUCAGUUUGGAGAGAGAUCUUGAUUCCACUAGCCAGGGCCACUGGCGCCCUCAAGCCAUACGAGGGCAAAACUUUAAGCAUAUGACUAGACCUACUGACAUCACGUGAUUAAAACUGUACAUAAAAGCACUUGGCUGGCUCGGAGCCCCAGCCCCAAUGACCUUUCCCAUCCGUUGUUUUAGUUUAUGAACUUUAUCUCCUUUCUUCUUCAAAGCGAUGUCUUGGGGGGUAACAUCCUGCCCCUCAGCACCAUGCAAGGUCAUGUUGGAGUGAUGAGGAUUUUAAUGUUGCGAGACUCAUCUCCAUAGCAAGGAGCUGCUGAGUCAAACCCUCUCUGUGAUUACUGGCCUUGGGAACUGCAGCACCUGUUUAAAAAAACAAACUAUGACAGCCUUAAGGCUUCAGAAAUGAGCUUUUCCUUCCCAGGGAGAGAGAGUUUGACAAAUUGGCCUGUUUUUGCCCUUUGAGAUCUCUUGAGACACUCGAGGAAUGAUUGCAAACCUCCGAGGUGGAAUGAGAAGGGUUCCAAUCUGUGCAAAUACACUGGGGUUUAACCCCUAGUUCUGAAGUGUGUAGCAUGGCCAAGCAUCUCAAUUGUACGCAUUACUCUUGUGGGAUGUGCUUAUCUGUAAUUGUGCAGAUGUGGUACUGAACUUGGGGGAAAGCCAGGCCAAAGAGAAUUGGGAGCACGCGCACUGCUCCGUCCUGGUUCCCAAAGGGGAUGAAUUUGAAGGUUGCAUCACCUAACUGAAAUUCAGUGAUUGUUUUGCUUUCCCAAGGAUUGCUGGUAUGGGAUGUAUUCGCCUAGAAUUGCAUUGUUUGGGGAGAAAUCACUGCUAUAGGAAUGUAGCCUGCACUUAGAAUUUUAUUCUGCUUAUUAGUGGGUUGAUGGACACAGGGGCAGCUCCAGCAGUUGGUUGGUAGCUGAUGAUCGCCAAAGUGUAGCGUACAGUAUGUCUGAUCUCAAUCUGUCCGUCUCUCUUAUUUUUUCUUUCCUGAAUUCUGCUGUUUUCUUCCAACACUAGAAAAGUUUAGCAGUGAAAACAUGUUAUAUGCACGUGUAUUUUUUCUAAAAAAUGUAAAAUUAAAAAAAUUGUAUGUAAAUUCAAAGAAAAUGUUUAAAUGUAUUGCCCCACAUUACAAAAUGUUUGCUUCCAUUGGGGUUCCAAAUGCUGUAUUUUACUCUUUAUAUAAAUAUAAUUAUAUAUAUAUAUAUAUUUAUUUAUUUAUUUGGUCUGAGUUUGACUUUGACACUGUAUUUAACGUUGUUACUGCCAUAUCAUGUGCUGAGGGUGAUGGUUAGACAAUUGAUGUGUUGUACUGGGAUCAUGUGACUUGAUUUCCCAAGGGAUCUUGGUUUAACGAUUUGUUUGAGAAUAUUUUAAGCCUGAAGACUGAGGGGGUUAAAUAAUGCAUUCCUGUUUUGGACUGUGGUGAGGGAUUAGAAUAAAUUGUCUUUAAACCCC